UUCAGGAAAAUCCCUUUUGUUCAGUAAAGAUGCGUGACGUGUAACCAUUCUACACGGUUAGUCGUGUGACUAGAAGUUUAGACUAAAUAUAUCUCAUUUACUGACGUUACUCGCCUGCUAGCCUCGGCUGUUUGGAUAGGCUGCUACCAGGCGCGCUGUCAGACUUCAGAGGUGGUGUCUGUGCUUCCCAACAAUGGAGCAGUGUGCCUGUGUAGAGCGGGAGUUGGAGAAGGUGCUCCACCGGUUUGUCAUGUAUGGCCACAUGUCAGAGGAGCGGCUGGAUGAACUGCUGCGCUACGUCUGUGAACUGCGAGGCCAGCUGGUCGCAUUCGGGGUCCAGGAUGCCGACUUGUCAGUCUUCUCCCAGUCAAUGGCCCAGUGCUGCAGAAACAUCAAAGACACAGUGCAAAUGCUUGCUGCACGGCAUAAGGAUAUCCAUGGCAGCGUGUCCAAAGUGGGAAAGGCCAUCGACAGGAAUUUCGACGCUGAGGUCAGUGCGGUUGUGGCUGAGACAGUGUGGGACUCCCCAGAGAGGCAAAAGUAUUUGAGUGAAACCAUUGUGGAGCAUCUGUAUCGACAAGGAAUGCUGAGUGUGGCGGAAGACCUCUGUCAGGAAUCAGGAGUUGUGAUUGACAUGAGCCUGAAGCAGCCAUUCCUGGAGCUGAAUCGCAUUUUAGAGGCUUUGAGAAUGCAGGACCUCAGACCAGCUUUGGAGUGGGCCGUGGCGAACCGUCAGCGGCUCCUGGAUCUGAACAGCACGCUGGAGUUCAAGCUGCACCGCCUGUACUUCAUUAGCCUGCUGAAUGGGGGCAUGGCCAACCAGCAGGAGGUGCUGCAGUAUGCACGCCAUUUCCAGCCCUUCGCCUCGCAGCACCAGAGGGAUAUCCAGAUCCUGAUGGGCAGCCUGGUGUACCUUCGACAUGGUAUUGAAAACUCUCCGUACCGCAGCCUAUUGGAGACCAACCAGUGGACUGAGAUCUGCAACAUCUUCACCAGGGAUGCUUGUGCCCUGCUGGGCCUGUCGGUGGAGUCGCCACUCAGCGUCAGCUUUGCAUCUGGUUGCAUGGCCUUGCCGGUCCUCAUGAACAUUAAACAGGUCAUUGAGCAGAGGCAAUGCAGUGGUGUUUGGACACACAAAGACGAGCUGCCGAUUGAGAUCGACUUGGGGAAGAAGUGUUGGUAUCAUUCUGUAUUCGCCUGUCCCAUUCUGAGGCAGCAGACCUCAGAGAGUAACCCUCCGAUGAAACUCAUCUGCGGCCACGUCAUCUCUCGAGAUGCCUUGAAUAAGCUUACCAAUGCUGGGAAGCUCAAAUGUCCGUACUGUCCAAUGGAACAGAACCCUUCGGACGCCAAGCAGAUAUUUUUUUGACGUUGCUGGGGAGGAAGUGGCAAAGCUCAGAAGACCUGGGCAGACGCCCAGGAUCCACCUGCAUGGGCCUGAGGAGGCUUUUCUGCGGUGGUCAAAGGCUAAGCCUUUACAGUAUCUCUUUCCCUCCAUAGGAUGUUCCUUCACAGAGACCUUUGGUGAUAGUAAAUUACAAGUAGACAGUUGGUAGGUGUAAAUAUCAGACUCUCACUUACUAUUUUAUUUCCUGUUGCCAUUUCCUUGGUUUGAAAUUUAAUAGAACGAUUUUUAAUGGGUGGCGCAUCUGGGAAAUC